AUGUCCGAAUUGUCGUCGGCAGAGCGCAAACGCAUACGCGACAGGCGAUCCCAGCAGACUCUUCGCGCAAAAAAGGAACAGUACACAAGACAGCUGGAGGCCAGGGUAGCCUACUGCGAGCAACAUCACAGCGAUAAAGGCGCUCAGCAACUUAUUGGAAUAAUAAAGAGACUCCGGAAGCAGAAUGAGAUCCUUGUGGCCCGCCAAAAUGCAUUAAACUUGCUCGUCAACUCAUGGGAGGACACAACUGAAGACAGCGAAGCCUACACUAACGCAUGGGUGGCCCAGGGUGUGAAUGAUAAACCCGCCAGUUCCUUGGUACAAACCAGCCCAGAGGAUAUGGAUAUGCACUCGCCUGUCGCAAACACAGGCAUAAGCACACCGCCAAUAAGCUCAUUGCCACCGAUAUCCUCCGCAGCCACACCUUCCGCAUCCUAUCCACUAUGGAACCAACUUCCACUCUACUCUGACGACUUUUCCAGCUACAGAACCGUCUCUUUCCCGUGGUUCUUUUUUAUAGAACAAAUCACCAAUUGCCCAGAUACACCGGCUUCCCCUCUGGAUAUUCUAUACGGAAGCAAGAGCAACCCACUAGCAAACAUGAUCCACCUGGCCCUAGAAAAACGACCGAUUCGCGAGCCGGAGAAACUAGCUAUCGGUUGGAUAACAUAUCACAUUUCAAGGUGGAUCCUUGCACCCAGUCCGAAGACAUUUGCAGCCCUACCUUCUUGCAUGCACCCCGUCGAAGAACAGUUAAAAAUCGAGCACCCUCUCGCAUUGAGCUGUACACCGUGGCCGAGGAUGAGAUCCAAUAUGAUCCGACAAUGGCCGUUCUACAAUAGCAUCCGCGACGAGUUAUUUGGCAUGUUCGCAUGUUGUAUUAAGAUUCGGUGGCCAUGGGGUGUGAAUGUUCUGGAGCGCAAUGAACAUGACGAUCUUUGUAUUAAGCCUGCCUUUUACGAGACAUUCAUGAGUGAGCAAGGAUGGGGUGUUACGCCGGAAUUUCUGAGCAAGUAUCCUCGGCUUGCGGAUGGAUUGGAUGUCAACUCUAUUCUUUUUACCAUGGUCUGA